AUGGCAACAACUACUUCGUCUUCAAGUCCUUCCACGUCUUCUUCACGUAUCGACGAAGGUGAGCUGGAGCAGAAGCUGUUCCAAGUCUACAAUCGGGAAGUGAAGAUUUGUGAUGAUAAUGGACAGAGCACUCAGCAUAUUGGAGAUGAAUGGAUGAGGCGUGAGAUUCGACGGAUUUGUGCGUUCGACGUGUCUGAUCGAUGGAUUAAGAUGUUUCGAAGGAAGCAUGGAAUACGAUACUUCAGUGGACGCCGCCACGCCGACAACAACAAGGUGAACAAGUUGAUACCGUUGGCGGCGUUGGACACGACAAAGGUGAAGACGUCCAACUUUUUGAAGGAACGACGAGUCCUUCGAACAAGUCGAAAAGAGUACGUCGACGUGGACAAACGAGUCAACGACGAGAUAAACCGUCGUCAAUCUCAAGGAGAGCGUCUAACGAAUCCUUGGAUCAGAGAGUACGCACAGGCUAUUGGCAAGGAAUUGCAUCCACUCGUUGCGGAUAUCGAACAAUUUUUCGACGCCAACUGGCUAUAUCGAUUCAAGCGGAGGUAUAGUGUUGAGUUGAAGCCUCGAAACCUACGAGAACUCUCACCACCACCGCUUAGACUAGACGAAUUCAAACUAGAACCAUCAAGCGCUUCGGAAGACAACUACUACAAAAUGCUCCAAAUUCAUCACUACCUCCAUUUGCUCAACGGAAAUGGGAGCGGUGUUUCGAAAGAGGAGCCAAUGGCAAAUUAG